UUCCCAGAAGGGAAUACCCCGUUACUCCACUGUAUCAUCCGUCCGGGGUAUCCAUUAACAGCCACUCCUAGCUCCUCUACCUCUCCGCCUCGUCAGGCCCGGCUACGUCCAGCCGGAUCACCAGAGGGCCCAAUACUGCAUGCGAGCGUCGCAUUUUCGAUCCGGCCUCCUGAACGGCGGACCGCUCGAUCUGUCCAAAAAUGGCUCUGUCGCAUCCAGCCCUGACAACCUACCUCCUCCUGGACAAUCUGCACUGUCCUACCUGUGUCUCCUCUAUAAAAGAUGUCUUGCUGCGUCUCCCGGGCGUCCAUUGGGUGUCCCCCAAUGUCGUCACGUCCUGGGUAGCGGUUGAGCACGAUCCAGGCGUCUCUGUGAGCCAGAUGGCAUCCUCGUUAGAAUCCGUGGGGUUCGAGGUCUCUAGUAUAUCCUCGGCGACUGGCGAGGAUUACAUCACGACCCCUGUGCGUUCGACACCUACCAGCCCCCGUUCCGGCACCGACGGCACGUUAGACCGCAUCUCGCACAUCUCCGAGAGGUUCAAGGACGCCCAACUGUCGGCCGCAAGGGCUGAAAACAGGAGGAAGCACAUCAGCAACUGCAAACAAUGUCAGACCAAAGGGCUAGACCCCAACGCGCUCGACACCUCGUGCCUUCUCGCCGAGUCAGACAAGUGUACCAGUCCAAUAGAGGAAAAGACACCCGAUGACGAGAAGUCGGCCAAGGAGGUACACACGAUAGCAAAGCCGCUGGCGGCUGAGGGUGGUGACAAUCCCCAACCAUCCGACAACAGUGGGCGCAGGUGGAGGGCCUCGAUGGCUAUCGCCGGGAUGACGUGCGCGUCUUGCGUGAACAAUAUCACCCAUAAGCUGAACGACGUACAGUGGAUCACCAAGGUCACGGUCAACUUGAUAUCCAACAGCGGGGUCGUCGAAUACACUGGUACCGAGGACGACGCCAGUCAAAUCGUCGAGAUGAUCGAAGACGCCGGGUACGAUGCCAAUCUCGACCAGAUCGCCAAUAUCGAUAGCGAGGAGAGGAAGCCAAAGCAGGAGAGGACGGUAGAAAUUCGCAUCGACGGGUUCUACUGCGAACAUUGCUCCGAUAGAGCCGCGAACAGUCUCAAGGGCUUCCGACGAGAUCUGAGGGUUAUCACAAUGCCCACCCGGCAAAGGCCUAUCCUAAAGAUCGCCUACACUCCCGAGGUCCCCAAGUUCACUAUCCGGCGGAUCAUAUCGGCGAUCGAGGCCAGCGAUCCGGCCUUCAGGGCCGUCAUCUACCACCCGCCUACUCUAGAAGAGCGGUCGAAGCAGAUCCACGCACGCCAUCAGCGGCAGAUUCUUCUCCGCGUCAUCUUCACCUUGAUCGUCGCAAUCCCAACGUUCAUCAUUGGUAUCGUAUAUAUGAGCCUCGUCCCCCACCAUGACGCGACAAAAAUGUUCCUCAUGAAACCCUGGGCGCCGGGGAUCAGUCGGGCACAAGCCGCGCUCUGUAUCAUGGCAACUCCCGUUUACUUCCUCGCGGCAGAUAUUUUCCACCGCCGGGCGGUAAAAGAGAUCAAGUCUCUGUGGAGACCAGGAAGCCGGACGCCGAUACUCCAGCGCUUCUAUCGAUUCGGCAGCAUGAAUAUGCUCAUAUCCCUAGGAACCACGAUCGCCUAUAUCUCAUCCAUUAGCCAGAUGAUCGCUGCCGCUGUGGACCGCCCAAAGGAGGUCAACGACUCAAACUUCUACUUCGACUCUGUCGUGUUCUUAACCCUGUUCCUGCUCGUCGGCCGACUCAUCGAAGCCUACAGCAAAUCGAAGACGGGCGACGCGGUGGAAGCCCUCGGCAAGCUCCGCCCGACUACCGCUAUAAUUGUCGAGGACGAUGCGGGGGAGACGGAUCAGGUCGUCAAGACUGACCUCCUAGAAUUUGGGGACAUUGUCCGCAUACCACACGGUGCCUCUCCCCCUUGCGACGGGAAAAUCGUACAAGGCACUAGCAGCUUCGACGAGUCCAGCUUGACAGGAGAAUCUCGUCUAAUAAAAAAGACUCCCGGUGACGAAGUCUUCGCAGGUACUAUGAAUAAGGAUUCUCCGAUCCUAGUUCAGAUCACCGGCGUUGCCGGUCGAUCCAUGCUUGAUCAAAUUGUCAACAUUGUGAGGGAGGGGCAAACCAAGCGGGCGCCGGUGGAGAGGGUGGCAGAUCUGCUCACUGCCUAUUUCGUUCCUUGUGUGACCUUGAUCGCUCUCCUUACCUGGCUGAUCUGGUUGUCACUCGGCAUCUCCGGCGCGAUUCCGGGCCACUUUCUCGACGUAUCAUCGGGAGGUUGGGUUGCAUUCUCACUCCAGUUCGCCAUCGCCGUCUUUGUUGUCGCAUGCCCUUGCGGCCUCGCGCUUGCAGCCCCUACGGCGAUAUUCGUCGGCGGGGGUCUAGCCGCGAAGCACGGUAUCCUCGUCAAAGGGGGCGGCGAAGCUUUCGAGAAGGCAAGUCGGAUCGACUGCGUCGUCUUCGACAAGACCGGAACUCUCACCGUCGGCGGCGAGCCGAUUAUAACGGACUCGAAGCUCUUUUCCGGUCAAGACGACAUAGAGGGCGAGCAGCGCGACUCUCUGCUGGCCGGCCUUCUCGCCGUCGAACAAAACAGCAGCCACCCGAUCGCGAAGGCUAUCGUUUCAUUUUGCGAGGCCCAUACUUCCGUCCGGGCCCAGGUCACGGUCGUCGAGGAGCUCCCCGGAAAGGGCUUGAAGGCAACCUAUACCGUAGGAUCACCGGAGGAAUCCAUGGACAUCAUCGUAGGGAACGAAGUCCUCAUGCGUGACUUUGCGGUUUCGAUUUCGCCUGCUGUCGCCACGAAGCUCCAGACCUGGAAGACGCAAGCGAAAUCAGUCGCCCUCGUCGCCUUGAAACCGUCCAUGAUCGUUUCCGGCACCGGAAGUUACUCCAUUGCCGCUGCCCUCGCGAUCUCUGACCCGAUACGGCCCGAAACGCCAGCCGUGAUCAAGGCCUUGAAAUCGAGAGGCACGGAUGUGUGGAUGUUAUCGGGUGAUAACAUCGUCACCGCGAAAGCUGUCGCCCUCCGCGUCGGGAUCCCGGAAGAAAACGUCAUCGCCGAGGUCUUGCCGGCGCAGAAGCACGAGAAGAUUACCUGGCUCCAGUCCACGCUUAAAGUCAAGACGGGGGGGCUCGAGCAUACAGACCGGCGCGCGACCGUCGCCAUGGUCGGGGACGGGAUCAACGACGCUCCAGCGCUCGGUGCAGCGGACGUGGGCGUCGCGAUCGGAUCGGGAAGCGACGUGGCGAUCGCGAGCGCCGCGUUCGUGCUGGUGAACAGCAACCUGGCGUCGGUGGUGACGCUUCUGGACCUCAGCGCCGCCGUGUUCCGGCGAAUCAAGUUUAAUUUCGGCUGGGCGAUCGUGUACAACGCGGUCGCGGUGCCGAUCGCGGCCGGUUGCCUGUAUCCGGUGACGACAAACGGCGGCGCAACGCACAUCCGGCUCGACCCGGUCUGGGCCAGCCUCGCGAUGGCCCUGAGCAGCGUCAGCGUGGUGCUAAGCAGCCUCGCGUUACGGAGCCGGCUACCGCUGAUAGGGUUUAGGAUUAGGAAACUGGAUGACCAGUCGGCGUGAUAAACCAAGAGAGAGGAAUGGAAAACGUAAGGGUGCGGAAGAAUGUGGGAGGGGAACAUACCUAGGGAUCGAUUUCUACAGAGGCCUAACUGCCCAACAUGUGUACAUAGCUUAAGAGCGAAGGCUGUGCGACCGGAAAGACACCGAGCCGCAACAGUGACACCUACUCUAGUUUCAUUUCACUACCUAUCUGAGUGUUCAUUGGUGCUUACACAC